AUGUCGGACCACAGCAACGAGGUUAUGGUCAUCAGCGACGAUGACGGCUCCAGCAAGGACGAAUCCGUCAACGGCGCCGGCGCCGCGGAAGGUUCCUCCAUCCAUCCCGUCCCCGAGCUAGCCGUCGGGGAGGAUCAUCCCGCCCCCGAGCUAGAGGGGGCCGUCAAGAUUCAUCCCGUCCCCGAGGAGAUAGAAGUGAUCGAGAUCGACUCCGACAACUCCAACUCCAACUCCAACUCCAGCUCCGUCCAGAUUGUUCAUCCCGUCCCGCCGAUAGUGUUCCAGCUUCAUUUCGUCCCGCAGAUAGGGUACCAGCUUCAUCCCGUCCCGCAGAUAGGGGUGGAGGCGCCUCAUCCCGUCCCGGAUCAGGAGAUAGAACUGAUCAUCAUCGUCGACUCCGACUCCGACAACGAACACGGCCACGGGCAGCACAACGUCGUAGCCAAUAACAACGUCGUCGUGGAGGAGCUCCCCGCGCUGCCGGCGUCGCCCGCGGCGGUGGAGGCCUUGCCGGAGGCGCCGGUGAACGAAGACAAGGCCUUGAGCGCCUGCGCGGUCUGCAGGGAGGUCUUCGCGGCGGGGGAGCUCGCCGUGUGGCUCCCCUGCAACCAUUACUUCCACGGGGACUGCAUCAGGCCCUGGCUAGCAAUCAGGGAUACUUGCCCUGUGUGCCGGGGCCAACUGCCAAGGAAUGAUGCUGCUGCAGGCGGGGCUGAUGAUCAGGGUGCAGCACCUCAGGCCUAG